CCUGCAGGCAGGCAAUUCAAACUGCGGCGCGGCGAGCUCCGGAGUCCGCGCCGGCGUUGCCCGGCGACAGCUGCGGGUUAGGAAUGGAGCACCGGAUCGUGGGCCCCGGGCCGUACCGGGCCACCAAGCUGUGGAAUGAAACGGUGGAGCUUUUUCGUGCCCGGAUGCCUUUACGGAGACACCGCUGUCGUUUCAAGAGUCACGAGAACUGCUUCACAGCAGCGGAAGCGGUGGAUUGGCUGCACGAGCUCCUGAGGAACAGUCAGAACUUUGGGCCCGAGGUCACUCGCAAGCAAACAGUCCAGCUGCUAAAAAAAUUCCUGAAGAAUCACGUUAUUGAAGACGUCAAGGGAAAAUGGGGUCAGGAGGAUUUUGAAGACAACCGGCACCUCUACAGAUUUCCUCCUUCCUCACCCCUGAAGCCAUAUCCAAAGAAGCCCCUGUAUCAAAGAGAUGUUAUUAAAUUUCCGGAAUGGAAUGAUCCCCCACCAGGCACUUCACAAGAGAACAUUCCAGUGAGACCAAUUGUGAUGAAUUCUGAGAUGUGGUUCAAGCGCCAUAGCAUUGCUAUUGGAGAGGUGCCAGCUUGCCGUCUAGUCCACCGCAGACAGCUGACCGAGGCCAACGUGGAAGAGAUCUGGAAGUCCAUGACAUUAUCACAUUUACAGAAAAUCCUUGGCCUGGAUUCCUUGGAAGAAGUUUUAAACAUCAAACUUGUCAACUCCAAGUUCAUCAUCCAUAACGUGUAUAGUGUCAGCAAGCAGGGAGUUGUCAUCUUGGAUGAUAAGUCAAAAGAACUUCCUCACUGGGUCCUCUCAGCUAUGAAGUGUUUGGCAAAUUGGCCCAACUGUUCAGACUGGAAGCAGCCGAUGUACUUGGGAUUUGAGAAAGAUGUCUUUAAAACUAUAGCGGAUUACUACGGUCACCUGAAGGAGCCCCUGCUCACGUUCCAUCUCUUUGACGCUUUCGUCAGUGUCCUAGGUUUGCUCCAGAAAGAGAAAAUGGCAGUCGAAGCAUUUCAGAUUUGUUGUCUCCUUCUGCCUCCUGAGAACAGGAGAAAGUUACAGCUGCUGAUGAGGAUGAUGGCGAGGAUCUGCUUAAACAAAGAGAUGCCACCGCUGUGUGAUGGCUUUGGCACCCGCACUCUGAUGGUUCAGACAUUUUCCCGGUGCAUCUUGUGUUCUAAGGAUGAAGUGGACUUAGACGAGUUGCUAGCUGCUCGGUUGGUGACAUUUCUGAUGGACAAUUACCAGGAGAUUCUCAAAGUGCCUUCGGCCCUGCAGACCUCCAUAGAAGAGCGUGUGGCUCAUCUGCGAAGAGUCCAGAUAAAAUACCCAGGAGCUGAUAUGGAUAUCACGUUGUCUGCGCCCUCAUUCUGCCGUCAAAUCAGUCCUGAGGAAUUUGAAUACCAAAGGGCUUACGGCUCUCAGGAGCCCCUGGCAGCCUUGUUGGAAGAGGUCAUAGCAGAUGCCAAACUCUCCAACAAGGAGAAGAAGAAGAAGCUGAAGCAGUUUCAGAAAUCUUACCCUGAAGUCUACCAGGAGCGAUUUCCUACACCAGAAAGUGAAGCACUUCUCUUCCCUGAAAAACCCAAGCCCAAACCACAGCUGUUCAUGUGGGCGCUGCGGAGGCCUUUCCAGCCAUUUCAGAGAACGAGAAGUUUCCGGAUGUGAUUCAGUGACGGAGCUUUAGAGACCUCAGUGGUAGAGACAGUUUUGAGUCAGUUGAGGUAUAAACUACUGAAAUAUGGAGUUUCGGAUUAUUUGACUCUCAAAAUGUUGAGCCAUUGCCAGUAUUUUUAUAAAUCUCAAUGCUGUUUUUAGAGAUGUGCAAAUCAGUGAAUGAUUGCAAACCAGGUGUGUAGUGGUGGUGUAACAAGCUUGGGUUGUUACCGAAUCGAAUGGUAAAGUGUUCCCCUCCUUCUGUUUGUUCUUUUCCAUAGUGUGUCAAGUUCUCGUGUGUGCUUUCUAGUCACUGACACCUCUGUGAAACCCAAGCCUAAGAAUGCUGUACAUACUUGAAUAAGAACACCACUGUGUGCUGUUACUGUGGUGGCUUUGAUGUGGUUGCCAAUUGUGUGACUUCUUCUGUGUAAAUCCCGUUUUCUUGUUGUUGUUACUGUGUGAAAGUCCCUACUGUCUCUCAUCGUGAUGGCUGUGCCUCUUAUUCCAGAUUUCCAGGUGCCGUGAGAGUCACCCGCACUGGCUCUUCGGCUGCCCAUCUCAUCAGUCCGCAUACGCCUAGGUGUGGAGUAGAUGUGCAUCUGCCCACAGUCAUGUAAUUCCAGUCUUAGCUAAAGAUGGAAGGUGGAGCUGAUGGAUUCUUUGGGUUCCCUGUAAAUCUAAAUUAAAUCUUUGUUUGGUUUUAUGAAAGGUAUCAAUGGGUAAGAUGAAAUUAGUUCCUUUAUGAAUGUAUUUUUUUAGCUUGUUCAUCCUUUUGAAAGUAAAUGAAAUGUAAAUAAAUACUGAGUUUUUUUAA